ACGAUCGCUCUCUCAAACUAAUUUGGUGCCUGCCGUUUUCAGCAUUGGGUGUGCUGUUUUGUACACUGGCCAGGGGAAAUAUCAUAGCAGCACAACAAACACUUUGGAAUACGUUGUACAUCAGGCAAAUACCACAUCCGAGAAACUUAGGAACGUAUCUGAAUAUCUUUCUGCGGCUAAGAAGGUCGGAGUGAAUCAAAUGUUUCUCCCUUCUAAUGUCCAAUCUGAUAUCGAUCGGAUUCAGACCAAGAUAAACUCUUCUGCUAGUGCCCUUGCCAGUACAACAGAAGAUAAUUCAAAUGACAUAAAAAAUCUAAUCGAUUCUGUGAGAUUGGCUCUAAUCAUACUGUCUGCCAUUAUGCUUAUCUUGACGUUUCUUGGAUUUGUGUUUUCACUUUUUGGUAUGCAAUUUCUUGUAUACAUCUUGGUGAUCUUGGGAUGGAUUCUUGUCACUGGAACUUUUAUAUUGUGUGGCAUUUUUCUUCUCCUCCACAAUGUGUCUGCAGACACUUGUGUGGCAAUGGAUCAAUGGGUCCAGAAUCCAAUGGCCCAUACUGCUCUAGACGAUAUACUGCCAUGCGUGGACAAUGCCACGGCACAAGAAACUUUGACAAGAACCAAGGAAGUCACUUCUCAACUUGCUAAUAUAAUGAACUUCGUUGUCAAUAAUGUCUCCAAUAUCAAUUUCCCCCCGAACGUUCCAACUCUCUACUUCAAUCAAUCUGGCCCACGUCUACCAUCCCUUUGCAAUCCAUUUAAUCCUGAUCUGACUGAUCGAGCAUGUCAGCCAGGUGAAGUGGAUUUGGAAAAUGCAACACGGGUAUUUAACAAAUCCUUUUGAACUUGGCAUAUAUUAUAGAAAUAACCAUUUCGUUCUUUUUACUAGUUGAAAUACGCAUAUCAAUGGAGUCUUCAGUAUUGAAUUUUGAAUAUAUUGUGGA